AUCACAGCCGAUUCUAACUGAACUGUGGCCUGACCAGUCGUCCAGCCAAUGGCUGCUCAGCCCUGGAAAUUCAAACGUCUUAACGGAUGUUUCUCAUGCUUCAGCCAAUCAGGCUGUGCGAACUGCCUAUAAAUACCCUGAAGAACAGCAUCGCGGCUUAUUGGUUUUACGGCGGUUUGCGGGAUGGCUCGUACGAAGCAGACGGCUCGGAAGUCCACCGGCGGGAAGGCGCCCCGCAAGCAGCUGGCCACGAAGGCGGCGCGGAAGAGCGCGCCGGCCACGGGCGGCGUGAAGAAGCCGCACCGCUACCGGCCCGGCACGGUGGCGCUGCGCGAGAUCCGCCGCUACCAGAAGUCGACGGAGCUGCUGAUCCGCAAGCUGCCCUUCCAGCGGCUGGUGCGCGAGAUCGCGCAGGACUUCAAGACCGACCUGCGCUUCCAGAGCUCGGCCGUGAUGGCGCUGCAGGAGGCGAGCGAGGCCUACCUGGUGGGGCUCUUCGAGGACACCAACCUGUGCGCCAUCCACGCCAAGCGCGUCACCAUCAUGCCCAAGGACAUCCAGCUGGCCCGCCGCAUCCGCGGGGAGCGGGCCUAAGUAACUGCCGCUGGAGCGCUUCGUUUCGGAAACCCAAAGGCUCUUUUAAGAGCCACCACUUGUCCACCAAAAGCGCUGAUAACGCUGCCCAGGCGAGGAGCCCGGUACGGUCGGGCUCUUUACACGAAGCCAUAACCUUAGAGGCGUGAACUCGGACCAGCUUUCCCGUGGCAUCUGCGCCUGGCCUGACUAUUAUUACGUGUCUUCCCCUGCUUAGAAUUGGGCGGGGACCGCGCGUUUCCCCUGAACGCUUGCGCAAAAAUAGUUCCGUGAAGGGUAUUAAAAUGUGUGUUUUUGACGUGCCUUAGACCUGGCCGCUGGGUGAGCAUUACGCGCUGCCAGCACCACUCCACUUCCACACUGCCUCAAGAACAGUCAAGCUCUUACAAUCAAG